AAAAGCAGAGUGAAACAGGCAAUUUGAGUUAGUUUCUUCGGCGUCAAAUUAUCUCUAAAACACCUUAGUUAUAUAUAUAUUCCCCCCCCCCUUUUAUUCAUUUUCCAAUUUGUUAGUUUAGGCCCCUCUUCGGGCUUUAAAUCAGCCGGUCCACCACAGAAUUUAACGGGAUUUUUUCGUCAUUCUUUCACGUUUAAAAAUACUUUUUUAAAAGAGCAUCACUGGUUAGCUUCAUUAGCUUAGCCUAGCUUAGCUUAGUUUAGCUUAGCCCGGCUGGCCGUAAGUCAGUUUUGCUCCGGGGAUGCGCGGAGGGAUAUCAACCUUGCGUCAACGUUGUCCACCGCCGCCGGUGGUAAUCAUUAACGAAACCGGGGGUUACGAAGUACACUGUGACUGAACCCGGUGCGGAGCACAAUAUCCGGCACAGACGUUUCGAGACCAACGAGAGCCCCUUACGGUUGUGCGGAGCUAUCGGCGGCUAGCCAGCCAAGCUGCUCGCUCGACUACCAGAAAGCUGCACGGCGCCAAAUGGCCAGCGACACCGAAAACGGCUUCAGCUGCCGGGCAAACGGAGACAGCGCGCCGGGGCCGUUGUCCGACCCCGGGGACGGCGUUGGAGGCAGACCAAGCAUGAAGACUCUCGCGCGGCUGUGUAGUAGGGACGAGGAGGAGCGGGCGGCGGCUCUGGAGGAGCUCAGCCGAGGGGUUCUGGUGUGUCUGGGUUUGGACCGGCCCGGUUCGACUCGGCUGGGGAAAGAGACGCUUUUGUAUUUGCUCAGGCUUGCCCGCUCGUGUCCGUUGAGGGAAGUUCGAGCCCGGGCCAACGAGCUGCUGAGGGCCGCCCAGGAGCAAGGGAUUGAAGUUCCUCGGGCGCUGGCUUCCGGUCCCAGUGCCUUUAUUCCUGCUAAACAGAUAUUGAAAGACGGGCCGGACCAGGACAUCCUGAUCGAGUCUUUCCUGUCGCUGGGCCGCGUGGACCAUGUUACCAUGGUGAUGGCACUGCACCCCGCCUACCUCAGCUGCUUCCUGAGGACCCAGCAUGCCUUGUUGGAGAUGGACGGACCCCUGCCUCGACAUUGGAGACACUACAUCGCCAUCAUGGCCGCUGCGCGCCAUCACUGCUCCUACGUGGUUCAGCAGCACAGCGCCAGCUUCCUGCAGGCCGGAGGAGAUGAAAGCUGGCUGAGCGGACUGCAGAACGCCCCCGCCAAACUGAGGAGCCUGAACGCCCUCAACAAGCUGUUGGCCCACAGACCUUGGCUCAUAACACAGCUCCACAUCCAGGAGUUGGUGUACCCAGGCGCCGAGCUGCGCUGGUCGCUGGCCGAGCUGAUCCACGCCGUCAUCCUGAUGGCUCACGCCCACGCACUCUCAUCUUUCGUGUGGGGCUGCGGUCUCAACCCUGAGGCGGACCACGUUGGCGGCCACACCUUUCGGCCGCCUUCACCCGGACACCCCACCCGUAGUCCUCGCAGCCCCCACAGCCCCGCGUGUGAGGACGGACGGCAAGAGGUGGACGGCGCUGUGGAAGUGGAGGUGCUGAUGAAGAGGAUGGUGGAGCUGCAGGAGCAGCAAGAAGAAGAAUGUACACAAGAGGAGAUGGUCACGCGCUUUGAGAGGGAGCGCAGCGAAAGCAUCCCUACUGCGGUGGUACGAGGGGCGCCCCCGGAGAGGCUCCUUCACUUGAUGGAGGAUCCGAACUUCAGAUACGAAGACUUUGCACCCAGAGGAGAGCAGGCUCCGCCCACCAUGAGAGCCCAGGACUACUCGUGGGAGGACCACGGCUACUCGCUGGUCAACAGACUGCUGCCAGAUAUGGGGCAACUACUGGACGAGAAAUUCCAGGUGGUGAGCAACCUGACCUAUCACAGGAUGGCUAUGCACGAGGGCGUUGACACCCACACGCUGAGGAAAGCCUUGUGGAACUACAUUCAUUGUCUUUAUGGAAUAAGAUACGACGACUACGACUACGGUAGCGUCAACGUCCUGCUGGAGCGAUCCUUGAAGGUUUUUGUCAAAACGAUGGCCUGCCAUCCCGAGCAGACCACCGCGCGCAUCUAUCACGCUUUCUGGAGGCACUUCAGGCACUCGGAGAAGGUCCACGCCAACCUCAUCGUGUUGGAGGCUCGCCUGCAGGCGGCGCUGUUGUACACGCUGCGAGCCAUCACCCACUAUAUGAGAUGACCACCCAAUAAUACCUGAAUGUUUGCGGAUACUGAGCCAGCUGUGUUAUUCUUCUUCAAAAUGUUCUUUCUCCUCGCAGCCAAUGCUUGUAUUUUACAUAUCUUGUAUUUCAGUGUUAAUCAUGUCCCAGCGACAUGCCUAGAUUCAUAUUUAAAGUUUUUUUUUUUUUUUUUUUUU